AUGGUUUGGGAGUUGGCUUGCCCGUUCCCCAGACGUUUCCGUUUAUUCCGGAAGGACGAAUCUGCUACUGGGGGGGGUUGGGGCGGCUCUCUUAUGAUUAUGGAUCGCGAUCGUCGGAUGACCAUUGGAUACGCCAUGAAUAACAUGGGCUCUGCUGUUAUUGGAAAUGAUCGAUCACAGGAAUAUGUCGAAGAGAUCUAUAAGAUCCUCGAUACUUUGGGUUCUUCACCAUUCUCGGGAUAA